GGACUGGGAGGAACCUGGCUGAGCUCCGGGUCCCUGCCCUGGGCUCUCUCCACCCUCCCGCCCCCGAGGGCUGGGAAGCCACUGACAGACAGUUGCAGGUGCUGUGGUGGGGGCGGUGCCAGCAGCCCAGGGGUUAAUGACCCUGGCAGGGGCUUGGCCCGGACACAGGGGUCAGAUGUUCCAGCCUCUGAUCACAGCCGCCUAUUUAUAGCGCGGGGGGGGGGGGGGGGGAGCCUUGGCCCUCCCCACAGCAGCGCGGAGAGGCCGCCUGCUGCAGUGUCCCCGCGUCACCGGCUCCGCCACUGCAGGCUGCCGGCGCCUGACCCGGCAGCUGAAGGAGACGCAGGGGCCGCAGCCCGGCAGGACCCCGGGCCUCCGCCAGGCGCCGUGCGAGGCCAGGGAGCGGCCGGCCGGAUGGGCAGCACCCUGGAGCCCCCCGGGGGUGCGUACCUGCACCUGGGCGCAGUGGCCUCGCCGGUGGGCACGGCCCGCGCGCUGCAGCUGGCCUUCGGCUGCACCACCUUCAGCCUGGUGGCCCACCGCGGCGGCUUCGCGGGCGUCCAGGGCACCUUCUGCAUGGCCGCCUGGGGCUUCUGCUUCGCCGUCUCGGCCCUGGUGGUGGCCUGCGAGCUCACCCGGCUGCACGGCUGCCUGCGCCUCUCCUGGGGCAACUUCACGGCCGCCUUCGCCAUGCUGGCCACGCUGCUGUCGGCCACGGCCGCCGUCCUCUACCCGCUGUACUUCACCCGGCUGCGGUGCCCGCCCGAGCCCGAGGGCUGCGCGGCCCGGGACUUCCGCCUGGCCGCCAGCGUCUUCGCCGGGCUCCUCUUCCUGGCCUACGCCACGGAGGUGGCCCUGACCCGGGCCCGGCCCGGCCAGGUGGCCAGCUACAUGGCCACGGUGUCCGGGCUCCUCAAGAUCGUCCAGGCCUUCGUGGCCUGCAUCAUCUUCGGGGCGCUGGUCCACGACAGCCACUACGGCCGCUUCGCGGCCACCCAGUGGUGCGUGGCCGUCUACAGCCUGUGCUUCCUGGCCACAGUGGCCGUGGUGGCCCUGAGCGUGAUGGGCCACACCGGCGGCCUGGGCUGCCCCUUCGACCGCGUGGUGGUGGUGUACACCUUCCUGGCCGUGCUCCUGUACCUCAGCGCCGCGGUCAUCUGGCCCGUCUUCUGCUUCGACCCCAAGUACGGCGAGCCCGGGCGGCCCCCCGACUGCCCUCGGGGCAGCUGCCCCUGGGACAGCCAGCUGGUGGUGGCCACCUUCACCUACGUCAACCUGCUCCUGUAUGUCAUCGACCUCGCCUACUCCCAGAGGAUCCGCUUCGUGCCCACCCUGUAGCCCCCUUGGGCGGCCGCCUGCCCACUGCUGCUCUGCCAGGUCCCAGGUGCCUG